ACUGGCAGGUUAAAACAAUAAUGACCAUGAUAAUAGAAAGAACACUACAUCAUUUUCAAUACAACAAUUAUUAAUGUAUGUGUUUUAUUUAGACUUUUGUAAUUGUUUCUACUUUAUAAGUUGUGUUCAAUGCAAUGAGUACAAUUUGGCUUCUACAUUGAGAAAGUAAUGACCGAAUGAAGCAGGGUGCAGCGGGGGCUCAUGGUACUGCAUCGAGUGGAAGGAGGAGGAGGAGAGAGGAAGUUCUCCAAAACUUUUUUUCCCCUGGAAGGAUUGUGGAGAAGCUCCGUUAGAUUUUCAGAAGAAGGGGGAUCCGACCAUAAGAAGUGAAGUAAACGCAGUGGAGUUAACGGUGUCUAAAAGUGAAUCCCUUCUUUUCGUGUUGUCCCCUCUCACAUGAGAGCCGUGAACAGGGACGCGUGUGUUUGCCUUUGUUUUGAGUAUUUUGUUCCUUCCCAGACUGAGAGGACUUACACCAUCAGAGGCGAUGAGAUGUGAGUGAGCUAUGCCUUGUGGAAAUGGACAGACUUUAACCAAGCGAAAACAUGGCGUCUGCGUCCCGAGGCUUAGUUUCUUCUCCAGUCUGCUUGUGGCGCUCUGCUGCCUGGGGGCAUGGGGCUCCGGGCCUGCGGGGGACGGCGGCCGGAGCUGCAGCCCCUGUCCCGUCAACUGCAGCUGCACGCCGGCGGGGCCCCUGCCGUCCUGCGCCGUCAACUGCUCCCACCUCGGGCUAGAGAGGGCCCCGGCAGCGGCGGACAUCCCGCCGGACACCACCGUGCUAGACCUUUCCAGGAACCACAUCUCCUCCCUUGAUACCAGCCUGCUAGAUCGUCUCACUGGCCUCCGAGAGCUGUAUCUCCAAGGAAACAGGAUCAAUGUUCUCCCGAGGGGAGUAUUCUGCUGCGGACCGCUGUCAAUCCUCGAUUUGAGCAACAAUGUCAUCACCACCAUAGAAGAAAGAAUAUGUGACAACCUUUGCAACUUAACUCAAAUUGACCUGAGCAGUAACCCCUUUGAUUGUGACUGUAAGCUGUUUCGGCUGGUUAGCUGGCUCCAGGAGAAAGGGGUACGGGUUCGACGCCCGGACGCCAUGCUCUGCAACCAUCCUCCUGAGCUGCGACACAGACCCCUGCUCAACGUCAGCCUGCUCACCUGUGGUCUGAACUAUGCAGGUUGUCUUGAGGACAGCAGCAGUGGAGGAGGGGGACGGAGCGAGCUUGUUAUCUUCUCUUCCUCCACACCCGGAAACUUCACGCAUGAACAGUGUAACAGUGUGUGUUUUGCUGCAUCCCACCGCUACGGGGGCUUGGGGGCGAGGAACGAGUGCCUCUGCAGCACGAACUCGGAGCCGAACUUGAUCAGCGAGUCUCAGUGUUCUGCCGCCUGUACAAACCCCCAUGUAAUGAAGGAAUGCGGGUGGGCUCUGGCUCAUUUUGUGUUUGAGUUGGACUUUGCCGUCUCACUGAAGUUUCUCCCACUGCAAAGCGUGCACGACCACAUCAGUUUCUCCGCUACGUCCUCCGUCACUCCAGUGAUGCUAACCUGGGACUUUGGUGACCAUUCUCCUCGGGUCGACCAAGCAGGAACAGAGGUCACAGCAGCAACUCACAAAUACGGACUUCCAGGACAAUAUUCGAUCAGUUUGACGGUCUCUGCUGGACACAAGAAGGUCCUUGCAAACGGAGAAGUGACCGUGACACUUCCUCCCAAGCUGGAGCUGCGCUGUCCUCCUCUGGCUGUGGCCAAUAAGAGCCUAGAGUUCACACUUGUCAGCUGGGGGGCUGUCAGCGUGGAUGUGGACUGGAAGAUUUCCAAGGAUGGUGUCCAAGUUGCCAAAGCCUCCCCUCACUGCUCAAAGGAUGGGAAAUACCACGCCGAGUCCUCACGCUGUUUCCAGAUUGUUCCAGAGGAGUUGAGCUGGACAGAUGCUCGACAGCAGUGUUCAGACCGCGGCGGGGACCUGGCCUCGGCCCGACUCGACGCGCUGCGUACCCUUCUGUCGCCCAAAGUCCCACAGGAGCGAGGUGUGGGGCUGGAUGUCGACUCUCCAGCUAAGUUGCGCUGGGUGAACGGCUCCGAGGCCCAGGACGGGUCCCUCGAUCAACGUGCUCAGACUAGUUCACACCAAUUCAACGCCAAGGGGGCUUAUGUUUGCCAGUUUAGCCCCCAAGUGCGUGUUCCAGAUGCAGGGAUUUACACUGUUGGCCUGGCUGUGUUUCCCUCCCAUAAUCCCAUGCACCAUGCCCUGCCCGCUACGCUCUCGGCGCCACAGCCUCCCACAGCUGGAAUAGAGGUGCUGUUGUUCCCGGCUCUGAGCUUUGUUCAGGCAGGCCGUCUGUCCUCCCUGGAGUUUCUCACUCAGCAGCUCAGCUCACAAGUCCAAGUCCGAUUCCAGACCUACAGACCUCACUGUCAUUACCCCGGCCUGCACCUGCUGCUACCCGGCUGUGGAGGUCCGGCGUGUUCCCCAGUGGCCGUCUGCGUCUCCAAUGAGACGAGGGGUGACGACCCCCCCCCCUGCCCCCGAUUGGAGCAGUGGUGCCCCUUCCAGCGGCGCUGCCUGUCCCUAGCCAGUCCCUGCCCCCCCUCCUCCUGUCCAAACUGCACCGCAUCUCACCGCCUGCCCCCUGGGUCGCUGAGGCCCAGAUACACCCUGCAAAAUGAGGUGGUCUUCAACCUACUGGCAGGACCAGCUGCACACGUUCAGGUACAAGAGCAGCUGGAGGACCUCUUGGUUUCCCGUGGUGAUGUCAUCGCCCUGCAGCACGACGCUGGCCCCGCCUCCCUUCUCCGCUGCCAAUCUUCCCCACUCUCACUGUGGCAGCAACCUGUCUUAGCCCUCAACCAAUCAGAGUGGUUCUGGAUCAACAACACCGGACGGUCACCAGGCACCUCAGCCGAGGGCGACCCUCUGCCGGAAGCUGAGCUGGAUGUGAGGGCGCUGGUGGAGGACGGAGAAGGGGGCUGGUUGGAGGAGGUGGUCUGCCCCGUCAGAGUGCUCUCUGUGGGACACAGUGAGACCCAGCUGCAGGGAGCACAGCUGUCCGCAGGUCUCCCUCAGCCCGGACUCUACAGCCUGCUGGUGACUUCAGUUGAGCCGUCAUACCCAGCCUCAGCAUCAUGCCCGUUGCGUGUGGUGCCUCCUCUGGGCUUGACGGUCCUCCACCCCCCUCCCCAGAAUGGCACCCUCUACCUGCAGCCAAACGACACCCGGCUGCUGCUCCGCAUCCGCUCCAGCUACCUAACAAAGGCCUUUCGGCGCAACAGCAAUCGCAGCGUGACUUUCCAGCCCGACUGUCCCAAAGAGUUUUCCUCCAAUGCAGCGCUCUGUCGGCCCGAGCCUGGCUCAGGGUCGGGGGGGGAGGUCCCAGAGCCCAGUCUGUACGCAGUGCUGGAUCUGAGCCUGGACACAGAGGAGCAGCGCAGUACAGUGCAGGUGGAGCUGGAAGCCCAUAAUAAUGUAACGGAGGCCAGUCUGUCUGUGGUCAUCCACCUGGAGGAGCCCCUCAGAGAAUUGAUGGUGCAGCCCAACCCUGAACACAGGGUGCUGAUGGAGUCGGUCGUGAGCUACACAGCCUCAGUGCUCGAAGGCUCCAAUCCCACUUUUAAAUGGACAGUGGAUGACAAGCCGUACUUCACCUACUACAACACUGUGCUCAACGUCAUCUACCAGCACGCUGCCAUCUACAAGCUCACAGUGCUUGUCCAGAGUGGCCAUAUCCCCAUGGUGUCCCUGGAGUGUGUGUCCUGUAAGGUCCAGUCCAUCUACGAGGUCAGCCAGAACUCGUACGUCUACCUCAGAGGAACCUGCACCAACUGCCAGGGCGUUUACCAUGGGCGCUGGAGUGCCAUGACGCUGCAGAAUGAGACUUUUGUCCUGGACUCCUCCUCCACCACCACAGGAGGUGACGGCAUGAAUCUUGUGCUGCGGCAGGGCAUCCUGCAACCUUGCUCCUACAACUUCACCCUGCAUGUGACCGACGACAGUUUAGAUGGAGAGGGCGCCGCGUCCAUAACUCUGCACCACAACACGCCCCCAGAUGGCGGGAAGUGUCGCCUGAGCAGGGAAGGGGAGGAUGGAGUGGCGUACGUGGACAGAGACAGCGCAGACUGGACGAUACACACGCUGUUGGACCGAGUUCACUUCAGCUGCUCAGGUUACAGUGACCUCGGGGUCUCGGAGACUCCUUUGCUCUACAGUUUACUGGUGACGCGCUGCAGAGAAGACUACUGCGAGGACUUCUGUGUGUACAAAGGCAGCAGCCCCGAGCACUCGGCCUUCCUGCCCCCAGGCUUCGGCUCAGCCCACCACUAUGUGAAUGUAUCCAUCACAGUGGAGGACCACCAGGGAGCUUACAUCAUUGCACUCAACAAGUAA